AACCCUAAAUCAUAUAAAAGCCUCUUUCCAGAGAGAGAUGGAGAAAUGGUACAACCAGAUUCGAAUUCUCGCACCCAACUUUCUCUGAAACUAUAAAUAAGAAAUUUAGGGUUCAAAUUUGGGGUAUCUUCUUCUUCGUUUCAAUAUCUCAGACGAUUUAUCGACAAAAAAAGGUCACAUAUAUUGGAAUACAAUUAGCCUGCAGCUGAAACGAAACAAGUUCGAUACUGUGAGGUGGCACACAACACUAUCCUCAAUAUUUGUUAUCUUCUAAAUUAGUUGGGGAGGAGGUUCUCCUACAGGGAGAAGAAGAAAAAGGAAAGCUUGUGGGCGCACACUACGCGUGCGUGCCACACCCCUAGUAUCUGUAAGCUAACUUUACAGGUAUGUCAACUACUGAGGCUUCUUCAGCUUCGUUAGGACCUCGAUAUGCAGCCGAGGAUCCGAGUCUUCCAAAACCAUGGAAAGGAUUGAUUGAUGGAAGUACUGAACUUUUGUAUUAUUGGAAUCCUGAGACAAAUAUUACACAGUAUGAGAGGCCAGCUUCUGUGGGCGUGGCUCCUCCAUUAUCUUCUAGUCAACCUCCAUCUGUUUCUGUACCACAAAUUUCUGCUGUACCCAUGACCCAGACGGUGCAGUCUAGUGGCAUGAUGGUUCAGCAAGUUCAUCAAAUGGCGUAUACACAGCAACAACAAGGACAACAAGUACCGAAUGACCUGCAACAACAGACUCACUAUAUGUCGCAGCAACAAGGAAUGCCAAUAGCACAGCAAGGUCCACAAUUGGGUCAAGCUCAAGGAAUGCAACAAGAUGCACAGAUGAUGCAACAACAGAUAAGGCAGCAAAUGGCACAUCAGCCAGUGCAUAACGUGCCACAACAACAAGCAUCACAGCAACCUGCACAGCAUCAAACACAGAAAGCGCCUCAACACCAAUUUCUGAAUCAACAGCCACAGCAGAUGAUGUAUCAGCAAAGUCUCUAUGGGCAACAACUUCCACAGUCGCAGCCCCAGCACACCACAAAUCAGCAAGGACAGCAAUAUCCGCCCCAACAGCGGCAGCAAUUUCCUCCUCAACAAGGGCAGCAAUUUUCGUCUCAACAAGGGCAGCAGUUUUCGUCUCAACAAGGGCAGCAAUUUCCGUCUCAACAAGGGCAGCAUUCAGGGUAUCAAGCUGAGUUUCAACACCAACAAGGAAAUCAAAUUGGUUUUUCUGGGUCUCAAUCACAGCAGGGUGGCUCAUCCCUUCACAACCCUCAGGCUGAAAGCCACUCUACUCAUACUCCAAAUAUGAGUUAUCAUGCGAUAAACCAGCAUCAAUUUAGUGGCUCUUCUGUUAAUGUACCACAAAGUAAUUCUUCCCGGGCUCAAGCUCAGCAAACUGGAACAGAUUCAGUGCAUUGGCAACAAAUGGGUGGACCCAUGGUUCAUAGUCAGAUGGGGCAACCAAAUUUGCAUAAUCAGCAACCAAGUGGGAAUCCUAUUGGGAUGAAGAUGGGUUAUGGAGAAGAUCCACGUGGAAGAGAUGGAAAUGGGUCAUAUUUUAAUGCUGACAAGGAGGGUUCCAUGAUGGUUUCUCAACAGCCAAAGAUUGCUUCAAUCCCUAUGACCAUGAAUCAACAGGAUCCGAGGAUUUCUCAAAAUGUUGCACCCAUUCGUGCUGGUGGAUCGAAUAAUGGAGUUGGCCCUCCGGUCUCUCACAUGUAUAACCAUGCUGGUGGUGGUAAUGCAUUUCCUCAUAAUACACCUACACGACCACCUUCAAACAUGCUUGGCAUGACAGAUGCCACAAAUCUUUCACCAGUAGACGCAUACCUACGACAACAUGAAGUUACUGCAUCGGGUGACAAUGUUCCUGCUCCCUUCAUGAGCUUUGAAGCCACUGGUUUCCCUCCGGAGAUACUUAGAGAGAUACAUCUUGCUGGUUUCUCUUCUCCAACUCCAAUACAAGCUCAGACUUGGCCAAUUGCAAUGCAAAGUAGGGAUAUAGUAGCUAUUGCUAAAACAGGUUCUGGUAAAACCUUGGGCUAUCUAAUGCCUGCCUUUAUGCAUCUGAGGAGGUGCCGAAAUGGUACACAAAAUGGCCCAACAGUGUUGGUUCUUGCCCCGACUCGUGAGCUUGCCACACAGAUACAGGAUGAAGCUGUCAAGUUUGGACGAUCUUCCAGGGUCAAAUGCACAUGUUUAUAUGGUGGAGCUCCAAAGGGUCCCCAGCUUAGGGACUUAGAGCACGGGGUUGACAUUGUUGUUGCAACUCCUGGUCGGCUAAAUGAUAUCCUUGAAAUGAAAAAGAUUGACUUCCGUCAAAUCUCUCUGCUUGUGCUUGAUGAGGCAGAUCGAAUGCUUGACAUGGGUUUUGAACCUCAAAUCCGCAAGAUUGUGAAUGAGAUUCCUCCACGCCGGCAGACUCUUAUGUACACAGCAACCUGGCCUAAGGAGGUCAAAAGAAUAGCAGGGGAUCUUCUAGUGAAUCCUGUUCAGGUGAACAUUGGCAAUGUUGACGAGCUAGCUGCAAACAAAGCUAUCACACAGUAUGUUGAGGUAGUCCCACAAAUGAACAAGCAGAGGCGAUUGGAGCAGAUUCUACGAUCCCAAGAACGUGGUUCCAGGGUCAUUAUCUUCUGUGCAACCAAGAGGACGUGUGACCAACUUGCACGCAGUAUUGGCCGUAGCUUUGGCGCUGCUGCAAUUCAUGGUGAUAAAUCUCAAGGGGAAAGAGAUUAUGUUCUGAACCAGUUUAGGAGCGGAAAAUCCCCGAUUUUAGUUGCCACUGAUGUUGCUGCUCGGGGACUUGACAUUAAAGAUAUUAGGGUGGUGGUUAACUAUGACUUUCCUACGGGAAUCGAGGAUUAUGUUCACCGUAUUGGAAGAACAGGCAGAGCUGGUGCAACUGGGUUAGCAUAUACCUUCUUCUGUGAUCAAGAUCGCAAGUAUGCAGCUGAUCUUGUGAAAUUGUUGGAGGGGGCCAACCAACAAGUGCCACCAGAAGUGCGCAACAUGGCCGGUGGUGGAUCUAGUUUUGGCAAUGCACGCCCGGGGAUGAAUCGUUGGGAUUCUGGUGGUGCUGGUGGACGGUUCGACUCUGGAGGUCGUGGUGGCAUGAGAGAUGGUGGAUUUGGUGGCCGAGGUGGUGGCAUGAGAGAUGGUGGUUUUAAUGGCCGUGGUGGCAUGAGAGAUGGUGGUUUUAGUAGCCAUGGUGGUGGAAGAAACGACUUCUUUGGUGGGCAUGGAAAUCGCGGUGGUCGGGGAUUCUCUGGUCCUGGUGGUGGACGAAAUGAUCGUGGACACGACCGAUAUGACAAUAUGGAUGGGCGAGGGCGCUUUAACAACAGGAGGGGAAUUUCAGAUGGUAGGAGUAGGGGAAGAAGUUACAGUAGGAGUUACAGUCCAAGUCCUGAUAGAGUUCGUACAUGGGAUUAUAGCAGCAGGCGAAAAAGUCAAAGCAGGAGCCGGAGCCGGAGCCGAAGCAGGAGCAGGAGCAGGAGCAGAGGUAGAAAUAGAAGUCGAAGUAGUAGAAAUAGAAGCCGAAGCCGCAGCUGGACUCGUAGCCGUAGUAGGAGUGGCAGCCGAAGUCGCAACUGUAACCCUGAUAGAGUUGAGAAGUCAAAUGGAGAAAACACCAAACGAGAGACUUUAGGGCCUGAUAAUGAAGCCCCUGCACUGGAAGAACCUAAGUCCCCAGGCGCACAAAGAGAAUCACUGUCUUUGCCAGUAUCCAUGCCAGAAGCAAUUGAGCCCAUGGCUGCUGAAAUUCUUCCUACUGCUGAGACUGAUAACGUCGAUCUGGUGGCUGCUGAUCAUCUUCCUGUUGCCAAGAGUAGUGAUAAUGUCGAAAACAUGGCUGCUGAUGGCGAGAACAGUAAUAACUUCGGUUCCAUGGCUGCUGAUCUUCCUGUUGCCGAGAGUGACAAUUUUGAUCCCACAGCUGCCGAUAUUCUUCCUUUCGCCGAGAGUAAUAAUGUUGAGGCCACAGGUGCUGAUCUUCUUCCAGUUACCGAGAAUGUUACUGUCGAUCCCAUGGCUGCUGAUCUUCCUCCUGUUGCUGAGAGUGAUAAUGUUUCUGGCUAAAUUCAACCCUAUUGAACUUUAUCCGUGGAAGAUAAAAAUCUCCCUUAUUGCUACAAAUUGAUACCAAGAAGGUCAAUUGCUCUUGGGUUGUCAUUGUUUCCUAUACAACUGUUUUUUCACAUACAAAACUCUGUAGACAUAUCUUGAAAUUUUGUAAUAUCCCCUGAACUUAAACUGCUCAGUGUACUUCAUUGCUUCAUCUAACUACUACCCUCCAUACAAGAGCUUGUUUGAUUACGACGCUGAGACGCAGAGCUUGGUUCUUCGGAAACUAUGUGUUAAUGGAGAAUAUGUUGGUUCACAUUGAGGUUUUGAAA